CAAGGAAGGAAGUGUGCAGGACUCGCCAGCAGAUGGGUGGUGCAGCCGUCCCCACUGCCCAGGUCCUCGUCAGCACUGCGGCUGCGACCUGGGCCACAGGGCAUCGGAGACCUGAGGUCCCAGCCGGCACAGUUCAGGAGGCCCCGGGCCCUCUUGCUUUCUGAAGCCUCGGCCAAGUCCAAGGUGACCAGGGACGUCACAUCCAGUGCUUCCUGAGGGGCCCUGGAGCCUGCCCUGAGUCAUCCAACCUCUGUGGAAGCCAAGAGCUCAGUCACCCUGUGUGUGACCGUCCCGAACAGUUGGCACCGCGUGGGCUUCACAACAACUGUGUGGCAGACACAAUGGCGGAGAAGGUAGCAUUUUGGGGUUCCACACGUCGGUUCUGGAGCCUGACUCGGAGGCGGAGGCGCCGGAGAGCACCAGGGCGCCAGAAAUCAGAUGAGAUCAUGCACCAGGACCUUGUCCCGCUCUGUGCCGCCGACAUCCAGGAGCAGCUGAAGAAGCGCUUUGCCUACCUGUCUGGUGGACGGGGGCAGGACGGAAGCCCAGUCAUCACUUUCCCUGACUACCCUGCCUUCAGCGAGGUCCCAGACAAGGAGUUCCAGAAUGUCAUGACCUAUCUCACGAGCAUCCCCAGCCUGCAAGAUGCUGGUAUCGGAUUCAUCCUGGUCAUCGACCGGAGGCAGGACAAAUGGACCUCCGUGAAGGCAUCAGUCCUGCGAAUAGCCGCAUCGUUCCCAGCAAACCUGCAGCUGGUCCUCGUCCUUCGCCCGACAGGAUUCUUCCAGAGGACCCUCUCAGACAUCGCCUUCAGGUUCCACAGAGAGGACUUUAAGAUGAAGGUGCCGGUCAUAAUGCUGAGCUCAGUGCCAGAACUGCACGGCUACAUUGACAAGUCACAGCUGACCGAGGACCUUGGGGGGACCCUGGACUACUGCCACUCCCGCUGGCUGUGCCACCGCACAGCAAUCGAAAGCUUUGCGCUCAUGGUGAAGCAGACGGCCCAGAUGCUGCAGUCCUUUGGGACCGAGCUGGCGGAGACUGAACUGCCCAAUGACGUCUCGUCCACCAGCUCGGUGUUGAGCAUGCACACAGAGAAGAAGGACAAAGCCAAGGAGGAUCUGCGGCUGGCGCUCCAGGAGGGGCAGGGCAUCCUCCAGAGCCUCCAGGACCCGCCAGCUGAGGGCUCGGUGCAGGGUGUGAACCAGGACCAGCUGGACAGCCAGACCACUGUGCAGAGACUCCUGGCCCAGCUGCACGAGACCGAAGCUGCCUUUGAUGAGUUCUGGGCCAAGCACCAGGAGAAAUUGCAGCAGUGCCUACGCCUACGCCACUUCGAGCAGGGCUUCCGCGAGGUCAAAGCCGCCUUGGACAUGGUGUCCCAGAAGAUAGCAACCUUCACAGAUGUUGGAAACAGCCUGGCACAUGUGGAGCACCUGCUGAAGGACCUGGCCAGCUUUGAGGAGAAGUCCAGCAUGGCUGUGGACAGGGCCCGCGCCCUGGCGCUGGAGGGUGAGGGGCUCAUUGACAACAAGCACUACGCCGUGGACUCCAUCCGCCCCAAGUGUGAGGAGCUGCGGCACCUCUGUGACCAGUUCUCCUUGGAGGUCAGCAGGAGGCGGGGCCUGCUCAGCAAGGCCCUGGAGCUGCACAGCCUUCUGGAGACGUCUAUGAGGUGGUGCGAUGAGGGCGUCUACCUGCUGGCCUCGCAGCCUGUGGACAAGUGCCAGUCCCAGGAUGGCGCUGAGGCGGCUCUGCAGGAGAUUGAGAGGUUCCUGGAGACUGGUGGGGAGCACAAGAUCCAGGAGCUCAACAAAAUCUACAAGGAAUAUGAAUCCAUCCUCAACCCAGACCUCAUGGAGCAUGUGCAGAAAGUCUUCCAGAAGCAGGAGAGUAUGCAGGAGAUGUUCCACCGCAGGCAGGCGAGCCUCAAGAAGCUGGCAGCCAAGCAGACCCGGCCUGUGCAGCCAGUGGCACCCAGGCCAGAAGUGCUCACGAAGUCACCCUGCCCAUCCCCAGGUGCCUGGCGUGGACCUGAGAACUCGGGCUCUGAGGGCAGCGCACUGCGGCGGGGACCAUACCGCAGGGCCAAGAGUGAAGCGAGCGAGAGCCGGCAGGGCCGCGGCAGCUCCACGGGGGACGAGGAGGAGAGUCUGGCCGUUCUGCGCAGGCACGUGAUGAACGAGCUGCUGGACACAGAACGGGCCUACGUGGAGGAGCUGCUCUGCGUCCUGGAGGGCUAUGCUGCCGAGAUGGACAACCCCCUGAUGGCCCACCUCAUCUCCACGGGCCUGCACAGCAAGAAGGGUGUGCUGUUUGGGAACAUGGAGGAGAUCUACCACUUCCACAACAGGAUCUUCCUGCGGGAGCUGGAGAGCUGCAUGGACUGCCCCGAGCUGGUGGGACGCUGCUUCCUGGAGCGGAUGGAGGACUUCCAGAUCUACGAGAAGUACUGCCAGAACAAGCCGCGCUCCGAGAGCCUGUGGAGACAGUGCUCCGACUGCCCCUUUUUCCAGGAGUGCCAGCGGAAGCUGGACCACAAGCUGAGCCUGGACUCCUACCUGCUGAAGCCGGUACAGAGGAUCACCAAGUACCAGCUGCUGCUCAAGGAAAUGCUGAAGUACAGCCGGAACUGCGAGGGGGCUGAGGACCUGCAGGAGGCUCUCAGCUCCAUCCUGGGCAUCCUCAAGGCUGUGAACGACUCCAUGCACCUCAUCGCCAUCACUGGCUAUGACGGCAACCUGGGCGACCUGGGCAAGCUGCUGAUGCAGGGCUCAUUCAGUGUGUGGACAGACCACAAGAAAGGCCACACGAAGGUGAAGGAGCUGGCGCGGUUCAAGCCCAUGCAGCGGCACCUCUUUCUGCACGAGAAGGCCGUGCUCUUCUGUAAGAAGAGGGAGGAGAGCGGGGAGGGCUACGAGAAGGCUCCGUCCUACAGCUACAAGCAGUCCCUGAAUAUGACUGCUGUUGGCAUCACAGAGAACGUGAAGGGUGACGCCAAGAAGUUUGAGAUCUGGUACAACUCGCGGGAGGAGGUGUACAUCAUCCAGGCACCGACCCCCGAAAUCAAAGCUGCAUGGGUGAGUGAGAUCCGGAAGGUGCUGACCAGCCAGCUGCAAGCCUGCCGGGAGGCCAGCCAGCAUCGGGCCCUGGAGCACUCACACAGCCUUCCGCUUCCCUCGCCGGCCAGCUCCAGUCCCUCAAGAGGAAACACGAGAAACAUCAAAAAGCUGGAGGAGAGGAAGACUGACUCCCUGAACCUGGAGGGAUACGUGAGCGCCUCCCUGUCCAAACCCCCUGAGAAGGGCAAAGAUGACUCGGUCUCUAGCUCUGCCUCUGAGAGCUCAGCGCUGUCCAGAAAGCGCUUCACCCUGCAGGGCUUUGCCAACCUCAAAGGGCAGAAAGCCUCUCCUACCAGUCCUGACAAAAAAGCUAAGCGGCAUGAAGUAAAGAGCGACCCGACUCCCUUUGGUCUGCGAGGCUGGAGCAAAACAUCCCAGUCCCUGGAGGCUCCCGAGGACGAUGGUGGCUGGUCCAGCGCAGAGGAGCCUAUCAACUCAUCCGACGCUGAGGAAGAUGGCGGAGUGGGCCCCAAGAAGCUGGUCCCUGGCAAAUACACAGUUGUGAUGGACGAGGAGAAGGGGGAGACCAACACCCUCAACGUGAGGAGUGGAGACGUGGUUGAGGUGGUGGAGGAGGGCGCCGAGGGGCUCUGGUACAUUCGGGACCUGACCAGCAGCAAGGAGGGCUGGGUGCCGGCCAGCAGCCUGUGGGUGCUCCUGGGCAAGUCCAGCUCAGCCCAGUGUCUGAGCAGCUCAGAGUCGAGCCCGGGGUCCGCCGUGCUGAGCAACUCCUCGAGCUGCAGCGAGGGCUGCCCCAUGCCCUUCGACCUCCAGGCAUAGUGACCUCCAGGCAUAGUGACCUCCAGGCACAGGGCCGGGCCUGGCAGGACGCCAAGGCCUGUGGGCCAGCAUACGUCUCUGGGUUUUCUUUUGCUUGGGUUGCUUAGUUUGGGGAGAGGCGGCGCUGCAGGAUCCAGCAAGGGAGGCCCCAUCAGCUGUGGCCACAGUGGGACUUGCGGCCCUUGUCACCCACCCAGCUGUCUGCGGAGAAUCCUCAGUACACAGGGCCUGGCCAAGCAGCCACCCUGCACCUGACCUCUCCGGCCCGCUUCCACAGGCACAGGUCUGGCCUCACUACCAGGCCUGUGGAGUGGCUCGGGACUCUCGUCUUUUAUAAGGCUUUGAUUUUUUUUAAAUAGGGAUAAUCCCAUGGCCAUUUUUGGUGGUACUUUGGCCUCAGAUCUUUACCAAGAAUCACUGUGUUUACAUGAAAUGACAAUUUGAUACUGUAUUUGAUAUAAAACUAUUUUUUGUUACUGGGGCUUACAUCGAAGCAUGUUGUUUAUACCACUAAAUGGUUUUGGGGGCCUUUCAUUCUGCACUCCCAAGGUGCUCCUGCCGAAGGUGAUAGCACGUGGCACCUGGGAAAGUUGGGUGGCAGCCCUAGACUCAAAGGCAGCGAGAGACCAAGGAGGUCCUUCCACCUGCAUAUGUUUCACUUUCAUAGGAAAACUUAAGCUCUAAUUUAAAAUAUUAACCUUCUUUUCUACAAAAAAAAGGGGGAAAUUAUCAAUUUUU